AUGCCGAGAAGAAAGUACUGGAGAAUGAGUGGAGCCAGGAAAGAGAUACAGACUGACAAGACUGAGGAGACUGGCCUCAUGAAAAACAGUAAAACAAUGUCUGACCUGGACUUGACUGAGGAGACUGGCCUCUUAAAAAACAGUAAAACAAUGCAUGACAUUAGAAUGACUGAGGAGACUGGCCUCGUGAAAAACAGUAAAACCAAUGUUGACCCUGAGGAGCCUGCCCUCAGUGAUGGCAUGUCUGCCUGUGAUGGUAAAUCAGUACUAGUUCAAAGCAAGAGUAUAGAUGAUCUGGUGUCAUAUUUGUACACUGGUAGAAAGGUGAAAAGACAAAAUAUAGAAAGAAAAGAAAAAGAAAGGAAAAUGGAUACUGCUGGUCGGAAGGUGAAAAGACGAAAUGUAGAAAUAAAAGAAAAAGAAAGGAAAAUGGAUAGGGUUGCAAGAAAGUUAAAGCGACAAGAUAGUGAAAUUAGAGAGAAAGAAAAGAAUAUAAAUACUGCUGGUAGAAAGUUAAAGCGACAAGAUAGUGGAAUUAGAGAGAAAGAAAAGAAAAUGAAUACUGCUGGUAGAAAGUUAAAGCGACAAGAUAGUGAAAUUAGAGAGAAAGAAAAGAUUAUGAAUACUGCUGGUAGAAAGUUAAAGCGACAGGAUGCUGAAAUUAGAGAGAGAGAACGAAACAUGAAUACAGCUUACAGAAAGUCAAAACGACAAGAUGCUGAAAUUUAUGAAAAAGAAAGAAAAAUGAAUACAGCUGGUAGAAAGUUAAAACGUCAGAAUAUUGAAGUGCAAGAAAGAGAAAAAGAGGGCAGUAGAAUUUCAAAAAGAUUAUGUAGAGAAAACCCAAUCGUUCUUGAAAAAGAAAGGCUUAGAAAGCAAGCUAAACGAAGUAACAUUUCAUUUAGAGAAAAUGAGAGAAUGCUAAAUAGGGAACAGAAACAGAAGAAAAGAACAGAUGUAGAAUAUUGUGAAAAAGAAAAUGAACGAAAAAGACAGAAAAGAUAUGGAGUAGAUAUAGAGGAUUGCAUCCAAAAUUUUCAUGAACAGAUUAGACAUGGACCAAUUUUUGUAUGUUCAUGUUGUCAGCAAACAUGGUUCAAAGAAAGUGUUUCUAAAGUGGAAAGCACCAAAGUAGAUGACAACAGUAAAAGAAAGUUUCUUACUAGUACUUUGUCUGUUGACAAUGUGGAAUGGAUUUGCAAUACUUGCUAUUCAUCAAUGAGAGAAAACAAAAUUCCAAAGUUGUCUGUCUUCAAUGAAAUUACAACUUCAGCGAGUGAAAUUGUUCAGGAAUUGGUGAAAACACAAGUUAGAAGCAACCAAAACACUGAUGAUGAUGAGACGGUUGAUGAUGAUAACGAUGAGUAUUGUGAAGUAGAUGGAGUUGGUAGAGAUGGUAAUUGCGAUACUCUGUUAGAUGAUGCAUCACGAGACAUGAAUCAGAUUUACACAUUUGCUCCAGGUGAAGGACAACGUCCGCUUAGUCUAUAUCAAGAUCAGACAGCUGAAUAUUUGUCAUUUCCAACAAUUUUUUGUGGAAAGGGAAGAUUACAAGAUGACGAAAGACAAGUUCGUGUUUCCUAUGCAGAUAUUGCUAAAUGGGAAUUGAGGAGUGUUGAUAGACGUGCUGCCCAGUCUGUUCCAAAUUUGUUUUUCAAGUUGAAAAAAAUACAAAUGAAGCAAGUUACAGACAAAUGCAACCUGGCUCUUAGGAAAUGCAAAACCAAAGGAAAAUCCAUUACAGCAAAUGAAAUGAAAAAUCCCCAAAAUGUGAAUAAUCUUGUUAGACACGAUGAAGGUUUUUUUGUGUUCAGGCAGUUACGAAAUUCACCUGCAUAUCUUGAGACUAGAAAAAAAGAUGUAUUUGCUAUGAUUAGACAGCUAGGUUUACCAACGUGGUUUAUGUCACUGUCUGCUGCAGAUACAAGAUGGAAUGAUCUCAUCAGAGCACUUGGGGUGUUAAAUGAUGGAAAAGAAUACACUGAUGAAGAAAUCGACAACAUGACUUGGUAUGAAAAGUCAAAAUUAGUACAAAAGGAUCCCAUCACUUGCUCUAGGUACUUUGAUCAUAGGUUCCGUAUGUUUAUGAAUUCAGUGUUGAGAAGUGAUCAUCAUCCAAUUGGAAUCGUAAAAGACUUCUUCUACAGAACUGAAUUUCAGCAAAGAGGAUCACCACAUAUUCAUAUGAUUGUUUGGAUAGAAAAUGCACCAAAAUAUCAGGAAAAUACUGAACAGGAGAUAGUGAAUUAUGUAGAUAAUUACCUGAAAUGUGAAAAGAAUGAAGAGAAUGAUUUGACUGACUUGCAAGUGCACAAACAUUCACAGACAUGUAAAAAGAGAGGGAAAGCUGUAUGUAGAUUUGGAUUUCCCCUUCCUCCUCUUGAAGAGACUUUGAUUUUGGAGCCACUAGAGUGUGAUGUUGAUAAGUACAAGAAAAUGUAUGAUGAUAUUCAGAAACAGCUCAAUGAUAUGAAAAAUGGAUGUGAUUUGCCCUACAAAGAGCUCCUGAGCACGGUACUAAAGAUAUCGGAGGAAGAUUACAUAAAAUGCAUUAGAAGUUCGCUGAGAGGUCCAAAGGUUUUUCUAAAGAGAAAUCCAUGUGAUAUGAGGGUAAACUCAUACAACAGUGUUGUUCUUGAUGCUUGGAAAGCUAACAUUGACAUUCAGUAUAUUUUGGACCCAUAUGCGUGUGCAAUGUAUAUUGUUUCUUAUAUAAGUAAGUCACAAAGAGGGAUGAGCGAUUUACUUAACAGAGCUGCAAAAGAAGCUAGAGAAGGAAAUCUUGACAUAAAAAGACAGGUACGUCAUAUUGGAAAUCAUUUUCUGAAUAGUGUAGAAGUUGGAGCACAAGAAGCAGCAUAUUUAGUGUUACAAAUGCCAAUGACAAAAGCUUCAAGGGAUGUUGUUUUUAUCAACACAAGUCCAUCAGAUGACCGAGUAAUUCUCAUCAAAACAGAUGCAGAAUUGGAAAAGUUGACACCAAAUUCUACAGAUGUUGAAUGCAGCAAUGUAAUUAAACGGUAUGCAAAACGCCCAAAGCAGCUUGAAAACUGGUGCUUAGCAGAUUACGUGUCACAGCUAGAUGUUGUAUUUCCUAAAGAUACUGAAAAAGAGUUCGCUGAAAAUGAAGUGAAUGAUGAUGAUCAGGACAAUCAGUCAGAUGAUGACAAUUCUGAUCUCGAUUUUGGUGAAAGUGAUACACUAGUUACAUUGAGAAAUGGCAUAAAGAUCAGACGUCGUAAAAUACCAAGGGUAAUUAGAUAUGUCCGAUUUAAUAUUAAAACUGAUCCAGAAAAUUACUACCGAGAAAAACUUAUGUUGUUCAUGCCUUGGAGAAAUGAAUCCACUGAUCUAAUAUCAGGAACAGACACAUUUGAGAAGUCAUUUCAUCUGAAGAAGUCGUUUCUUACACACAAGGUCAAGGAAUAUGAAUUCAAUUCUGAACAGCUUGAUGCAGCUUUGCAAAUGGCAAAUGAGGACUUUUCAGAAGCUUUUGAUGAAUUGGCACCAGAUGUUCAGCAAAGAGAGGCAGAAGAUGAAAAUGAAGGAUCUCUUGAAUCUGAAAACUUUGUUCAAUUUAAUCCUGAGAGGCCUAUUGAACAGAGACAGUAUGAUAUAGGAUCUGAUCUUGGCAUUCCAUCAACAAGACAAAUAACUGAAGAAAGUUCUGUUAGAUUACCAGACAAUGAAUACUUGAAACUUUUAGGAAGUCUAAAUGUAAAGCAGCGGGAAUUUUUCAAUCAUGUCCUGCACUGGGUAAAAACCAAGACAGAACCUAUUUAUUCAUUUUUAUCUGGAGGUGCUGGUGUUGGCAAAUCUGUUUUGAUAAGAGCACUUUAUCAAGCUCUGCACAGAUAUCUAUGUUCCACAGAAGGAGAAAAUCCAGAUGACAUAAGAGUACUUCUUUGUGCUUAUACUGGCAAGGCGGCAUACAACAUUGGAGGAUCAACUAUAGCAUCUGCUUUCCAUCAAAAAAUUAAUCAAAGUCAACAAAGCUUGCACUGUGAUGAAUUGAACACUUUUCGUACAAAGUACAAAAACCUAAAAUUGAUCAUUAUUGAUGAGAUAUCAAUGGUUGGAAAUAGAUCAUUAGCUCUCAUUGACAGUCGUCUACAACUUCUCACUGGCAUCAAGAAACCAUUUGGUGGUAUAAGCAUCAUUGCUGUUGGUGAUUUUUUCCAACUUAAACCUGUGAUGGACCGUUGGAUCUUUCAAGAUUUAAAUCAUGAUGCUCAAGCUCUUGCAAACAAUCUCUGGAAGGAGCAUUUUUGCAUUUUUGAGUUGGAUGAAAUAAUGCGCCAGAAAGACGAUCUUGAGUUUGCUCAACUUCUCAAUCGCCUUCGUUACAAUAUCAUGACAGAAGAAGAUAUGAAUGUAAUACACAGAUGCAUGAUAACGGAAACAAGUGACAAUUAUCCACACCAUGCUCCUCAUCUCUUUACACAGAAUUCAAAAGUAGAUGCAUACAACAAUCAGUUGAUUGAAAAACUUGAAGGAGAAAAGGUUACAGUGAAUUCAGUGGAUACAGUUCUAAAGGAUUAUUCAAAGGAACUUAAGGAAAAGCUGCUGAGAUCUCUAUCUAAAGCAGAUGAUGUUAGCAAAACUGCUAAUUUGAUGCAAAAUCUGAUUCUUGCUAUUGGGAUGAUAUAUGAUAUCUCAGUCAAUGUUGAUGUAUCUGAUGGUCUAACAAAUGGGUCAACAUGUAAGGUACAAUUAAUUGAAAGAAGAUUAGAAGGAAUAUCAAGACCAAGCAUCGUGUGGGUCAAUUUUUUUGAUGCUGCUAUUGGAAAAAUUACUCGCAAGAAAUACAAACAUUUGUAUCAUGAUGGGAUUAAUGUGGACUGGAUACCAAUUUUUGAAGUUCAGAGGUCUUUUGUAUUGAAUUACAAUACUUUUCAGAGAAUUCAAUUUCCGUUACGCCCAGCUGCAGGGAAAACAGUUCAUAAAGCGCAAGGUUGCACUGUUGAUGAAAUUGUAAUUGAUUUGUCUCAGACUAGAGUGAGGAAAAAUGCACAUAUUCACUAUGUAGCACUAAGUCGAGUACGAUCAGUGAAUCAUCUGCACAUCCUAAACUUCAAUGAGCAGGCAUUAGCUAUGGAUGAACAAGUGGUAGAGGAAAUGGAUAGAAUGAAAAAAGAUGUGCCGCUGCUACUUUGUUAUGUCCCAUUAUACCAAGUUGAUUUUAAUUCUUUUAAAAUUGCUUUCAACAACUGUAGAUCACUUCAUAAACACUUCCAACAAAUUCAAGAUGAACCAAAUAUUGUUGCAUCAGAUGUAGUUGGAUUCUCAGAGACAAGAUUAACUAGUGUUGAUGUAGCUGAAAAUUAUCAACUGCAGGGAUACACAGCAGUAUUUAACCAUGAGACUACAGAUAAUAUGGACAGGCGCCCUUAUCAUGGAACAGCAGUUUAUGUGAAAAAUGUCUACAACACAACCUGCAUCUCAAAGCUGAACACUGGUUCCAUGGAGUUCAUCAUGGUAAAUAUACAUGUAAACCAAAGUAGAGUUGUCCAAGUUGUAGUUAUUUACAAAUAUCCAUCUUGCUCUUUUGGGGAAUUCAAACAGGAUAUGAAUGUGCAUAUAAAGCCCUUGAUUGAUAAACAGAAAGACUUGGUAUUCUUAGGAGAUUUUAAUUUUGAUUUGUUUGCUGGGCAUACAGACUUUCUAACUUUUAUGGAAAGAGGCUUCAGCUGUAAACAAAUUGUGAGUAAGACUACUCAUGACUCUGGUUCGAAACUUGACUUGAUUUUUACAAACAUAUCUCCAUGUGAAACAGAUGUGAUUGAAGCAUACUGGUCAGAUCAUAAAAUGGUGUACUGUGCAUUUGAUAAGACGUAA